AUGACAGACACCGCACCAACCAAGAGGAAAGCUGACUCAGACGCACGAGGUGAUGGCGAUUCAAAACGUUCUAAGAGUAGAAAGAGGUGGGAUGUGCCAAGAAGAGGAAACGCUGAGGCCCGGCAAAUUAACCCUGGUGACGUGGGCAUUUGGGCGACCUGCGCCAUGAAGAAAGAAGCACCGACUGUUGCGGAUCUGCGAGACCUGUUCCAAGUAUACGCCACAAAGCUGUAUGGCGAAGAGGCUGUCAGUGGAGCAACGGAAGACACUGAUUCCGAUGCCGGUGGUGAUAUCGAAGCUGAGAUAAACAAAGAGCUUGCCGAUAUUCGUAAGCCAGUUGUCAAGCCUCUGUUCACUUCGGUCAAGCUAGACACCCAAUGCUUGGUCUUCUUCAAGACACGAUCGCCUGUGGACCCUGUAUCAUUUGUCCACAAAAUUUGCCAAGACACCGCAGACGGUGUCCAGCACAAGAAUUGUCGUUUUGUAAAACGCCUGACCCCUAUAACAGGCAUCGAGAAGGCCAACCAGAAGGGCCUAGAGUCGGUUGCGGAGCAGGUCCUCGCACCGUAUUUUCAUGGUGAAGGUAACGGAGGAAAGAAGUUCGCGAUCCGACCAACGAUCCGAAACAACAAAGACUUCAAGAGGGAUGAUGUUAUCAAAACAGUGGCGGCUGCAGUAGGCCCAGGUCAUAAGGUGGAUUUGCAUGGUUACGAUUUGCUCAUUUUUGUGGAAAUCUACAAGAACAUCAUCGGUAUGAGUGUCGUAGGUUCUGACUUCGAUAAACUCAAGCGUUACAACAUCGAGGAGCUUCGUCAAACACCCUCUGCGAGUGCGACCGAAGUGCCAGCGCCUGCUGCUCCUAUAGAAGGUGCAUGA